AUGUGUUCUGGGGGGAUUUGUGCAGCAGCCAAAUUAUGGGCUUUGGCAUGGGCUUUCCUGGACUUGCCAAGUUUAACGACGCAACCAAGGAUUCAUUCCCACUACGUUCUUUUGUCCUCACUGGUGCGCGCAAGCAAGAUCAACAAUGAAGCCAUAGAGAAGUACCCCAAAACCGAUAAAUGCCACUGGGAACAUGGAAUAAACAUCCCGGGCCAUUCAAUUGUGCGCACCAUCUCCAGUUUUGUACUGAAACUUCAACUGCAGACCGCGUGUUCCAACAAAGCAUUGCACUGCCGUAUAUAUUAUUGUUAUGCAGUGCCACAUAAAUAA